UUUUUCAUUAUGAUUGAUUGUUAAGUAACAACAUGGCUACAACCUUGUGUCGUUUUCUGAGAAAGACGAUUGUAAACGCAUCUAGAGUUCCCACAGUAUACGCUCAUACACUGUCACAGACAACAGAAACGAAGCCAGUGGAUAAGUCAGAAAAUCAGAAAGAUACGCCCAUUUCUACAUCUCAAGGAGACCAAGCACCUGCUGAAAUCGACAGCGUUUACCGUGCAAAUGCAGAUGUUCAUGGCCCCAUUCCAGAGUUUACUGGGUUUGCCUUAGGUUUAGAGCAGUACGAAAUGCUAACAGCUGAAGAAACAAAGGAUGUAUUUUCAACAGGAGUGAUACACAUGACGCCUCAAUAUGGGCAGCAUGAAAACCCUUAUGUGAUACCAUCAACCAAGGAAAAAAGGCUUAUUGCUUGUCUUUGUGAUGAAGACUCGAACACUUUAGAAUAUAUGUGGCUACAUAAAGGGGAACCACAAAGAUGUUUAUGUGGAAUAUUCUUCAGGUUGGAAGAAGUUGAUGCAUUUGGAGAUCCCAAAUGACCUUAGAAUUGUUUUCAACUGUAAAUAUAAAUGUGCAAAAUUACACAAUUUAUUUAUCAUUGUUUAUGUUCAAACUUGUACCUGUUUUUUAAAAAGAAUAAAAACUUAAAAAUUC